GCGUCUGUUCCCGGGGUAUGGAAAAAAGCCGACGUCAUCCCUGUACCUAAAAAUAAGGUGCUGAGGGACAUUACUAAAGACUUGCGUCCCAUCUCGCUUACUGCCACUUUGUCAAAAACGUGUGAACGUUUUGUCGCAGACUGGCUGAUGGAGUUGAUUGGUGAGAAGAUCGAUAAACGGCAAUUUGGAUCUCUAAAAACUCUUCAACAACACAUGCAUUAUUGA